AUGAUAGUAGACACUUCUCUGUUUGAGGUCAUUGAUCGUGACAGCUUCGAGGAACAUGUGUUUGAGAUGUAUAUGGACAACGUUGCUCCUGAGAGCUUGUCAUUGGGAUAUAUAGCUCGAAAGGACGAACUGCGGCUGAAUAUUGGAGAUGAAGAGUAUUUGAUCAAGCAGUCGAUUUCUGCGUUGAAUAGCAACAACAAGGACGGAACAACGGGGUUUGUGACGUGGUCGGCAAGUAAGGUUGUUGUUGAGUGGCUUUUUCAGCGAGGAAACCGGGUUUUUAGCGCCAUUAAGGGCUCUACCGUGCUUGAGCUUGGAUCCGGAGUAUCUGGGCUUGUGGCGUGCACGAUAGGCAGACAAUGUCGCCAGUAUGUUUGCACCGACCAACAGGGAGUAAUGAAGCUACUGAAAAGCAAUAUAAUCACGAACGGAGACGGUUUUUAUUCGUCAACCAUAGAAACAGAUUAUCAUCCCAGAUCGGAGAAAGCGCCGCGAUUGGACGCUGUUGUUUACGACUGGGAACAGCAGGACACACGGGCCAUACAAGAAGUCAUGGACAAACAUCCAGAUUUCAUCAUCACUUGUGAUACUAUAUACAAUCCGUACUUGAUACCGUAUCUGGUGCGGUCGAUAGAGACGUUGGCCGGGCCGGAAACCGGGGUGUUGGUGGGGCUUCAGCUGCGAGAAACAGGCCUAUUAUCCGAGUUCCUGGACGCUGGGUUGGACCGAUUCCGGAUCUAUUAUGUGCCAAAGGUCCAGGAUGGAUAUGCUGUGUACUAUAUGGAGAAGAUUUAA